AGCCACAGAACAACACCAGCGUGAAUUACAUGCCCCCAGAUACGCCACCAUUAAACAAAGUCCUCAGCCAGAAUAAAUCUACACCAGAUCUCUCAGAGAGGAGUUCGCUAGACCACAAACGAGCUUCAGGGGAGCACAAGAGGAAGGGGUGGAAGCAUCUACUCAAAUCAAAGCCUUCGACAACUUCCGUACAUCCAAACGAUCGUCCAGAUACCUCAGCUGGAACUUCAAACGAGUCACCCGCACUAUCGAGGGCAGCAUCAAAAGCUGACUUAACAAAAGAAUCACAGCCGUUUGCUACCUUACCUGAUGGACUAUCUAGUUCUAAACAACAGCGUAAACCACAAUCUUCCCAAGGAAAAUCAACAGAAAAACGACCAGAAGUCGCACCCGGCGAUCCUGGAUUCGUGUUAGACACCGAUCUAACACAUAUGGAAGGUAUUUUAGCGGGACACAAAGAUCAACCAAAGAGAUCGAAACGCCAUGGUUCAUCCUCUACUGCUGGCAACUCUUCAGCCUCUUCAGUAAAGAACACGACUUCUUCAGGCUCAUCAUCUAGAGCCCAGCGCAAUGGACGUAGAUCUGAAGCUAACCAACCUCCUAUGACGAUACCGACACCGGCAUUCUUGACCGGUCAAUUUGAUCUGGAACCACUUCCACGCUCGAAGCGCCCACGCGCACAAAAGUCAACCUACAGUACUUCUCCAAGAACGAUGGAGCCACCGCAAUUAGCACCAAGUCUAUCGAUGUCACCUCCUAGUCCGGUGAAAAGCAACACAAGGAAGGGUUCUAGCGAGAGAGGUGAUAGUAAAUUCCCCGCAAACUCAAAGUGGCGCAUCAAUCCACCACCUUCAGAUUACGACAUUCCAAAGCGGCUCGGUGGAAAGCGCUCUGGUCCACCAUCACCUAGGCAACCAGAUCAUGUUCAGCUCGGGGGCAUAAAGACAUCCAUAAGCCAAACACAGUCGCCUCCUACAUUAGCAACUGAUAAUAAUGUCACUUCGUCUGGUUGGCAAGCGCCAGAAAGUUGGGGUAUCGUACAAGAACCCGCAAAUCACAAUGAAGAGUAUGAAUCAGAGACCUCAGAAGAAAAUGAAGGUGACGGUUAUUACGAUGACGAUGAUAAUCAUCAACGUCGGGUAUCCAACUACUUUGAUUUUAACCCUAAAGAAGAUAAUUGGAACGGUGCAUUUGGUGAAGCUGCUACUUGGGGAUCACCUGCAUUCCAAAGAACCUCUGCAGAUCAAAAUUCUGGUGUUAGACCGAUUAAACUCAAAGCACUGGAACACAAUGAUCCAUCAAGUACAGAAGUUAAUGAGUAUGUCGAUGAAAGUCGCAAGAAUAGUGACACUGGUCACUAUAGUACCAGAUCUCGCCAGGAGUCUAAUGCAUCAGGCGGUCAAAUUCAACACCUUACAGCUGAACAGAGUGAACCCGCAGAGAUGGGCGAAGACAUACGUAAAGCUUCCCUUCGUAGGGUUUCAUCAGCUAAACGUCAAGGAAGUCCAGGUAUGCAGAGGCCAUCGACAGCUGGUAGUGCUUCUCAGCAUGGCUCUCGAGGCCCAAAUGGUAAUUACUGCAUCCGCAUUUACAAGAGUGACGGUUCAUAUCUUACCUUCUCAAGUGGUUUAAACACUAGCGUUAAUGAGUUAUCGCAUAUGAUAGCGAAAAAGUUAAGAGUGCAACCAGCUAUGUACCAACUUUACAUACGUGAAAAGUUGAAGGAAAGAGCAAUGGGAUCGUCUGAAAAGCCAUUAUUGCUUCAGAGACGUCGAUUGGAACAACUUGGUUUCACUGAAAAUGAUCACCUUGAUGAACUUGGAAAGGAAGAUUUAAGCUUUAUUUGCAGAUUUAUCUAUAGGAUAGCAACAGUGACAUACUAUGAAGCAGAAGACAUUGGUUCAUUUGGUUCAUUCGAGUAUAUUGAUUUACAAGGAAGAAACCUUCAAACAGUUCCUAUCUUCCUCUAUCGUCAUGCACAUUCAAUGAUAUAUCUCAAUCUAUCAAAGAAUCCACUCACUGAUCUACCAUCCGAUUUCAUACAGUUAUGUACAUCACUACGUGAACUCAAGCUCUCUAUGGUAUCAAUGAAAAGAUUAUGGCCAAGUGUUCGUCUUUACUGUCGUUCCUUGACGAGAUUGGAUAUGUCCUGUAAUCGGAUGCCAGAACUUGAUCAUAUCGAUUUCAAAUGUUUACCAGAACUACACAGUUUGAAAGUGCAAAACAAUCGUUUAACUCAAUUACCGGAAUCACUGGCGGAAUUGAAGCAUUUGAAAUAUGUUAACAUAUCUAAUAACAAAUUUGACGUAUUCCCUCAAGUCGUAUGUAAACUUAAGGGGUUGCAAGAUCUUGACGCAUCAUUUAACACCUUCCAAACUUUACCUGAAGAGAUAAGUGAAUUAAAGCAGAUUCAUCGAGCAGUUUUCGUUGGUAAUCAACUAGCCGUUCUUCCGAAGAGUGCAGCACAGUUGACAAGUCUUCGUGAAUUGGAUAUCAGAAGAAACGCUCUUACCAAUAUUUCAGUUGUAUGUGAUUUACCAAAUCUCGAAGUUCUCUUAGCAGAUUUCAACCACAUUGGAGUGUUAGACGUUAAAAUUGGACCAAAUGCCAAUAGAUUCAAAGCACCGAACAAUCCAUUAACUUCUUUCUCUUUAUCUACAGUUAAUAAUAAUCCUGCACAUAUAACUAGACUGGAUUUAUCUAAUGCCAAAUUAGCAAUGAUUUCAGAUGAUGCUUUCAGGUAUUUACCAAAUUUAUCGCAUUUAUCUUUAGAUUAUAAUCAAUUCACUACCUUACCUGGUGCAAUAGGAGAAUUAUCAAAGUUAUCAAUAUUGUCAUGUACUAAUAAUCUGCUUUCAGCAUUACCUGAAUCUAUUAGUGACCUCAGCAAUUUACGUACACUAUCUUUACAUAAUAACAACUUAAAAUCAAUCCCAACAUCAAUUUGGCAAUGUAAAAGUUUGGAAGUUUUAAAUGUUUCAAGUAAUUUGUUGGACGACUUCCCUGAUCCUCCCUUCCAUCACGAUUCAAAUUCAGCACCUAAUGCAACAAUAGCAGCUUUAGCUACAAAUGCUAUGUCACAUCAAUCAAGUAAUCCAGCUUUGGGUAUGAGAGGUGGUAGUACCUCAUCAGCAAUUAGUUCAGAAGCUGAUAGGAAAACGUCCGCAUCGUCAGCUAAUCCUCAAAUAGGUGGAUCGGGUACUCCACAGAAUAGACCUGCUUUACCACUUGCUUCUAAACUUCAAAAACUAUUAAUUGCAGAUAAUAGAGUUACUGAUGAGGUAUUCGAUCCUAUCAGUUUAUUGACAGAAUUGAGGGUAUUGAAUUUAUCUUUCAAUGAAAUUGACGAAAUACCUCCUCAUCGUCUCGGUAAGAAUAGCGGUUUACAAGAAUUGUAUCUUUCUGGUAAUAACCUUCGUAAUUUACCAUCAGAAGAUUUAGAAAGACUUAUUGCAUUGCGUAUUCUUCAUGUUAAUAGCAAUAAGAUCCAAGUAUUACCUGCAGAGCUCGGUAAAAUUGCCAAAUUGCACGUCUUAGAUGUUGGUUCUAAUGUCCUCAAGUAUAACAUUGCUAAUUGGGGCUACGAUUGGAAUUGGAAUUGGAAUUUAGAUCUUCGUUAUUUGAACUUUUCUGGUAACAAGCGUCUCGAGAUUCGCGAAGUUAAGGACUAUGAUAGACAUUCAAAUGCACCUGGUACACUCAACCUGGCUGAAUUUUCGAACUUGAAAGAAUUAAGAGUAUUGGGCUUGAUGGAUGUCACCCUGAGAGUUCCUUCCUUACCAGACGAAUCUGAGAACCGCCGUGUCCGCACAUCAUUCUCGAAUAUAAACAACAUGGCAUAUGGUAUUGCCGACUCUAUUGGUAAUUUGGAAAAUCUAUCUAUGUCAGAUUUCGUCGUACCGAGGUUUAGAGGGAAAGAGAACGAAUGUCUGUUCGGUUUCUUCGACGGAAAAGUCAGCACAUCUGCGAAUGGCUGUCACCUUUCUAAGUACCUCCACGACAGUUUCGAGCCGCAAUUAAACAAGGAAUUGUCAAGGUUAGGACCUGGUGAUGAUAUUCCAGAUGCACUUCGCCGGGCAUUCCUGCGACUGAACAAGAAAUUCUUCGACACUACACUGUCAUCUCUGGUUGGUGUAAGACGUAAAACAUCUAACUACAGUGAUGUUGUUCCAUUAUCGAACUUGUUAAACAAAUCAUCCUCGAAAUCUGAUAGUCGGAAGACUUCGCAAGUAUCAGCAAAUUCUGUCAUGGCUGUUGUCUCCACUCCUACAGGAACGGCUAAGGAUGCCCCAGAAAUGGGUAUGUUUGAAGUCAAAUCAGGUGCCGCAGCGAUUGUCGUUUAUAUAGUUGAUAAAACAAUGCACGUCGCAAACGCAGGUGAUUCCUUAGCUGUUAUUUCACGAUCAGGAUCGCCAAGAGUAGUUUCCACUAAACAUGAACCACUUGCGCGUCCAGAAACUGCUCGUAUUCGCGCUGCUGAAGGUUGGGUAACACCUGGAGGUAAGGUCAAUGACGAAUUAGAUGUUUCCAAGUCACUCGGUUUCUACCAUCUUCAACCAGCCGUCAACGCCAGACCGGCUGUGCAUACAAUCACUCUUACAGAUAUGGAUGAAUUCGUUAUUGUUGCUAACAAAAGUUUAUGGGAUUACAUAAGUUAUCAGACGGCCGUUGACAUUGCUCGUACUACAAGAGAUGAUGUUAUGACAGCUGCUCAAAAAUUGCGUGAUUUCGCUAUUGCGUAUGGUGCUCAAGGUAAUCUCAUGGUAAUGGUAGUUAGUGUAGCCGACAUUUUCCGUCCUAAGCACCUGCCAUCAUCUCUCGAAGGCAACGAGGAUGACUAUUAUGGUGGAUUGAGAAGAACUGGUCAGAGAAGACGCGGUGACGAGGCCGUCGUAGGUGAUAGAACAUUGGCAAGACUCGAUAGAGAAGUUUCACCACCAGUCGGGCAUGUUACCCUUGUAUUCACAGAUAUUCGCAACUCAACUAUCUUGUGGGAGAGCAACAGAGGUAUGCAGUCGGCUAUGAGGAUACACAACCAUCUUCUCAGGAGACAUUUGCGGACUAUUGGUGGAUAUGAAGUUAAAACUGAAGGUGAUGCUUUCAUGGUCUCAUUCCAAACUGUCACAUCGGCAUUAUUGUGGUGUUUCACUGUCCAGCUGCAACUUCUCAGCCAGGAUUGGCCAAAGGAGAUUCUAGAGACAGAUGAAGGAAGACCAUUACUUGAUGCAAAUGGUAAUUCGAUAGCUCGCGGGUUGUCUGUCAGAAUGGGUAUACACGUUGGUUAUCCAGUCUGCGAAGCCGAUCCGGUCACUCAACGUAUGGAUUACUGGGGACCUGUCGUCAACAGAGCUUCGAGAGUCGCUGCCGCUGCAGAAGGUGGACAGAUAAUGGCUAGUGGAGAUGUAGUUAGCGAAUUGCAGCACUUCUUCUCUUUGGAUCCAAAUUCACCAGAGUCUGAGACAGGGAUGUCGAAUAAAAUCAAGAGUGAAGUCGCCUCAUUACGUAGAAUAGGUUUCGGUGUAUCUACAGUCGGUGAAAGGAGAUUGAAAGGCUUGGAAGUACCUGAGCACCUAUCAUUACUCUAUCCUAUUCAGCUCAGGGGUCGUCUACAAUUGGAUAAGAAUAUUGCAAGCACGACUGGUCAGCAUGAACCUAGCACCAGUGUGUUUGAAUCAACACCACCAAUACUGCAUGCCGAUGAGUUGCGUAGGUUGGCCAAACUAGUUGUCAAGAUAGAGAGUCUGGCUGGUGGAAAGAUACAAAAAGAACCUACGGAGAUGCCAGAAAAGGAUGAAGAUGAGAAAGUGGAAAGCGAGAUCUUCGCCGUCGUUCCUGCUAACCUUCUCGCACCAGCUAUACCGGAUGGUGCAAGUGAUGGCGAAAUGAUUUCUAUAUUAGAAGCACUCGUUAGCAGAAUGAACAAUGCAAUAAACACAAUGGAUUUCAACAGAGUGAGACUAGCGUUGCAGCAAGGUAGAGAUAAGGAUGAAGUGAUCGAGCAGCUGCUGAAAAUAACUGGACUAUAUACCUAAUUGUUAAUGUAGUAAAUGUAUUUUUAUUUUUAUUUUAUAUCCC